CCCAGGCAGGUGCGUUGAGGCAAGUUGGAGGUAAAACCUGUAGGGCUCCGGACCUCCAGGAAGAGAUUGGUGACCCCUGGUCUACAGUAAUUAUUUAUAUUCUUGAUAUUACACAUCAAGUGUUUCAAAUGUAAUAAUCAGACCUUGAGUAUACCCUGCUGAUGGAGCCAGAUUUUGAAAAAGUGCACCAUAGUCAUCAUCGAUAAGAUGUAGUUGUUGUGUACUUGAUGCAGUCUUCUUAUUUUAAUUUCAGGCCAGAUGGAGGAGACACGCCAUCAUCUCAAAACAACAGAAACAACCGAAUUGCUAAAGAGAAAAGCCAAAAAAUGUUUCACCUGCACUCAGUGUGGAAAGAGUCUGUCACACAAAAAGACUCUCAAGGUGCACAUGAGGAUCCACACUGGAGAGAAUCUAUUCACAUGUUCUCAAUGUGGGAAGAGUAUGACAUGCAAACAGACUCUCAAAAACCACAUGAAGGUCCACAGCGAAGAAAAACCAUUCACUUGUACUCAGUGUGGAAAGGGUCUGAAAUCCAAACCGAGUCUUGCUUUUCACAUGAGGAUUCACACUGGAGAGAAACCGUUCACAUGUUCUCAGUGUAGGGAGAGUUUCAGACACUCAUCAUCCCUUAACAGACACAUGUUGAUCCACACUGGAGAGAAAACACACAAAUGUGAUCAGUGCAGCAAAACAUUUUUGAGGUCUUCAGAGCUGAAGAGACACCUUAGAGCUCAUACAAAGCAUCUUUUAUGCCCUUCGUGUGGAAAGAGUUUUAAAUAUCUACACAGUUUAAAAGUUCACGAGAGGAUCCACACUGGUGUGAGAGAGUUCAUGUGCUUUGAGUGUGAGAAGACCUUUAUGACGGCUAAAAAUUUAAAACUACACCAGAGGAUUCACACCGGAGAGAAACCUUACAAGUGUUCACACUGCGACAAGAGAUUCAGUCAUUUAGGAAGCCUAAAAAACCAUGAGAGGACUCACACUGGUGAGAAACCUUAUAAAUGUUCACAGUGCGACAAGAGAUUCAGUCAGUCAGUAGGCCUGAAAUCACAUGAGAGGAUUCACACUGGAAAGAAACCUUACAAGUGUUUACUUUGUGGGAAAAGAUUCCGUCAUGUGGGAAGCUUGAAGAAACAUAAGAUGGUUCACACUGGAGAGAAACCGUACAAGUGUUCACACUGCGACAAAAGAUUCCGUCAUUCAGAAGUCCUGAAAAUACAUGAGAUGAUUCACACUGGAGAGAAACCUCACAAGUGUUCAUCCUGCGACAAGAGAUUCAGACAUUUGGGAACCCUGAAAAGACAUGAGCGAGUUCACACUGGAGAAAAACCUUACAAGUGUUCACACUGCGACAAGAGAUUUAAUCACUUAGAAGGCCUGAAAUUACACAAGAGGAAUCACACUGGAGAUAAACCUUACAUGUGUUUCCACUGUGACAAGAGAUUCAGUCAUUCAGGACAUUUAAAAACACAUGAGAUGAGCCACACUGGAGAGAAACCUUACAAGUGUGGACACUGCAAAAAGAGAUUCAUCCGGUCAGAACAUCUGAAAGUACAUGAGAGGAUUCACACUGGAGAGAAACCUUACAAGUGUUCACUCUGCGACAAGAGAUUCAUUCGGUCAGGACAUCUGACAGUACAUGAGAGGAUUCACACUGGAGAGAAACCUUACAAGUGUUCACGCUGCGACAAGACUUUCAGUCAGUUAGCACAUCUGAAAUCACACAAGAGAAGUCACACUGGAGAGAAACCUUACAAGUGUUCACACUGCGACAAGAGAUUCAGACAGUUAGAAAACCUGAAAACACAUGAGAGGAUUCACACUGGAGAGAAACCUUACAAGUGUUCACACUGCAGAAAGGGAUUCAGUCAUUCAAGACUCCUGAAGUCACAUGAGAGGAUUCACACAGAGAAGAAUCACAGCUGACUAUUAUCUUGAGUGUUAUUAUCUUGAAUAAAUACUGGUGUUAGAGGUCAAUGACGUUUCUGGGCAGAGAAUUUGCUUGGUAUGCAUCUUAGCUUGAUUUUUUUUUUAAAUUUUGACUAGCUGAAUGCAAACUUGAUUGUGCCAUGUACAGAUUUCUAUUCCUUAAAACAUCACAGUCGUCUGCAUCACCUGGCAUCUGGAAGUGGAGCAGAUGUGCUGAGGAGACGCACAUUACCUGAACUCAAAUCGUGAGUUAUCUGCUUCAUAUCAUGUUUAACAGCAGUAUGCAGACCUUGCUGAUGUAUUUGUGCAUGUAUAGAAAGUGUGCUUGUGUUGUUCUAAUUUAGAUCUGAUUUAUAUCAUGAGUGGGAUGUGCCAAAUGUAUGUUUACAGCAUUGUGUAGUAUCUAUUAGGCUUGCUUUAGUGUGCAGUAUUAAUAAUGCUGGAAAUAUAAACACUUUACUACUCCAUAGUUUAUUGUUUCGACAAGUUAGUACUUGACUAAUUCCAAUGGCGGCUAGUCAAUAGGGGGCACGCUAUUAUCUAAAGAUAGGGGCUGAUGAACUCAGUCACUCGUUAUCCUUCAGCUUAAGCCUGGUUUAUACUUCUGCGUCAAGUGACCGGCGUAACCCAUGGCGCAUGCAAGUCAUAAGGUCACCCGUAAGUGCCCGUAGCUGUGCUUUAUACUUCUGUGCGCAGUCUGUUGGUCUGCAUUAACACUU